AUUACUUAAGUAUAGUAACUAUUGGCAUCAAAAUGAAUAUGAAAAAAGUCAUAAAAUUAACGAUCAACACUUAUUGUCUGAUAUUCAUUUUGUGAAUAAGAAAAACAGUAUUAAGAAAAUGAAAUAGGAUUAGGCUAUUUCUUUGGAGAAAGAGGAUACCUCUGGUUCUUGUUAGGACAUAUAAAAGUUAUACUAUCCUGAUGUGUUAUUUAAUUAUCAAUGUUGCAGCGUUAAAAUAGAGUCGAUACUAUAAUGAAGAUAUGGAUCUGGUUUCAAUUAUAGUUGAUGACAAGAAUCUCUAAAAGAGGGAAGACUUAUUUAUGAUAUGUCGAAGGAGAUAUGUAUAGUACUUCAGUUGAAGAAUAGUAUAUCAGUUCAACUUUCAUUAUACAAUGCAAUUCUAGUGACUGUGCGCAUCCAUUCUUUGCAGGUGAAGGAUAUAUAAUAUUUAUUUAAAAAGUGGC